AUGAAUAUAACUCGGUCUCUUGUAGCGUGGGAAGCCUUGGAGCAGGUGGAGCAUAUGAAAGAGUUGAAUAAGUGUUUGUGGGAAAUUGUACUUUUAAAGGGUCUGUGUAUGGAGCAAGGAUCAAGACCUGGCAGCUUUGGCAUUGGAUAUGGGCAGAAUGACACUUAUAAUGUGCUUGACAUUGGUGCCUUUGGAGAUGGCGGAGCAACACAAGUCCUAAACAUCCCACAAGGGAAAACUUACUUGCUCAAACCUCUCAAAUUUGUGGGUCCUUGCAAUGCAAACAAGGUUCAAAUUGAGUUAAUUGGUAUUGUGUACAGCAAAACAACAUUUGAUGUUGUCAAAUUUGGUGCUGUUGGAGACGGACAAACUGAUGAUUCCGAAGCUUUUGUAAACGCAUGGAAAGCCUUAUGUGGAGCAGCUGCAGCUGGUGAUGACGUACCAACACUUACUAUACCAGGGGGAAAAACAUUCUUAUUGCAACCCUCGGAAUUUGAAGGUCCCUGCAAAUCAAAGAGUGUUCAUGUUCAGGUCUCGGGUAAUUUGAUGGCACCCAAAACGCCCGAUGCAUGGAAAGUGUGUCCAUCAUAUAGUUGGCUUUCAUUUAGAAAUGUGGACCAUCUCAUACUCGAUGGUUCAGGAAAAAUUGACGGUCAGGGUUCAGCUUGGUGGAGCAAAGCUCUUCAAUUCCACCGAUGUGAUCAUCUUCGAUUGAGUGGACUUACUCACAUAAACAGCCCAAGAUCUCAUAUUGGUAUAGGCACAAGCAAUGACGUGGAUAUCUCCCAUCUUACUAUAAUUGCACCUGAUGAAAGUCCAAACACUGAUGGAAUUAACGUCGCAAACUCAACCUAUGUCUAUAUUCAUGACUCUAAAAUUGGAACUGGUGAUGACUGCAUUGCAAUCAGUUCUGGUGCUUCCAAUGUUAGGAUCGCCAAGAUUGCGUGCGGACCAGGUCAUGGAAUUAGUGUGGGAAGCCUAGGAGCAAAUGGGGCUUAUGCUGCAGUGGAAAAUGUAUACGUGAGAGAUUGUAGUUUUAAUGGAACUCAAAAUGGAGCAAGAAUCAAGACAUGGCCGGGUGGAUCUGGAUAUGCUAGGAAUAUAACCUUUGAGAACAUCACACUUACCGCAACUAAAAACCCCAUCAUUAUUGACCAACAAUACUGCAACGGUGCUCACGAUUGCGCAAAGCAGAGCAAAGCUGUGCUGGUGAGCAAUGUGAGAUUCACUGAUUUUAGAGGAACUUGUGGAAAUGAGGAGGCCAUCAAAUUAGACUGCAACCACAUUUCGGGUUGUCAAAACAUUGAACUGGUGAAAAUAAAUAUCACCUCAACGGUUCCAAGUAAGAAGGUUUAUGCAAGUUGCAACAAUGCCAAAGGAAAUUCCGGCUCUACUGUGCCCACUGUAUCUUGCCUCAAGUAUCCCACUCGUCCAUUCAUCUAA